CCGUAGGUGAUCUUCACUUGAGGAAAGAUGGCCGCGGAAUCGAAUGAAGUUGAAAUUGAAACAAGACGCGACUUGACUGCAACAGAGGAGGCUUCCAAUUCUCUUACCAUGGAUCAGUCUCCAAGAAGCCGGAGCUCCUCUGAGGAAAAAGAAGAGAGCACAAGCAAAGGAAGAAAAAGUGAGGAUAUGGAGGGAGAGAGAAGCUCAGCGGGUGUCAGAAAGAGAAGUCCUGAUGCUGGAGGUGGGAGGGGAUCCUCUGCAAACAGUGACGAUGACACUGAAAAUGGCAGCUCAAGUGGCUCAGACAGCGACAGCAGUAAAGACAGCAGGAGUCGCUCAAGUGGAGCACCCAGUAAAAUGAGAAGUAGAGUGGCACAAAUCAAACAUCGCUCAAAUGAGGAAGAAAAAGACCGACACAGCAGUCCUUCUCCAAGUUACAGGGAUGGAGAAGGCAGAAGGUCGCGUUCACCUCCAGUGCGGGAUCGAAGUUCCUCAGAAGAUCGCGAUCGGCGAUAUGAGCGGGGGCGUCCUGCCGUGGGAAGAUACAGUGACAGAGAGCGGCACUCCAGCAGAGAAAGAGACCGAGAGAGAGAGCGACAUUCUGACAGGGAGAGGGACCGAGACAACGUGAGAGAGUGGUAUUCGGGUAGGGAGAGGGACAGAGACUACUAUUCAAGCAGGGACAGGGGCCGUGAGCGCCGGUCCAGCAGAGAAAGGGAUCGUAUGCGUCACUCCAGCUGGGAAAGGGAGGUGGAUUCCAGGAGGAGAGGCAGAUCUCCAUCCCCUCUCCAGAGAGAACCUCCCCCUGCUGAAGAGCCUCCAGUGAAGAAGAAGAAAGAAGAGCUGGACCCCAUCCUGACUCGCACAGGUGGAGCCUAUAUCCCCCCUGCCAAACUGCGCAUGAUGCAGGAACAGAUUACAGACAAGAGCAGUCUGGCUUAUCAGAGAAUGAGCUGGGAAGCCUUGAAGAAAUCCAUCAAUGGUCUCAUCAACAAAGUGAACGUCUCCAACAUUGCCAAUAUUAUCAACGAACUUCUACAAGAAAACAUUGUGAGAGGAAGGGGUCUUUUGGCCAGGUCAACGUUACAAGCACAGAGUGCCUCCCCUAUUUUCACUCAUGUAUAUGCUGCAGUUGUGGCAAUUAUUAAUUCAAAGUUUCCUCAAAUUGGAGAGCUCAUUCUUAAGAGAUUAAUUCUUAACUUCCGGAAGGGGUACCGAAGAAACGAUAAGCAACAAUGUCUGACAGCAUCAAAGUUUGUUGCCCACCUGAUCAAUCAGAAUAUUGCUCAUGAGGUUUUGUGUUUGGAAAUGCUCACUCUGCUAUUGGAAAGGCCCACUGAUGACAGUGUGGAAGUGGCCAUCAGCUUUCUGAAGGAAUGUGGUCUCAAAUUGACUGAGGUCUCACCACGUGGCAUUAAUGCUAUAUUUGAACGGUUGCGAAACAUCCUGCAUGAGUCAGAAAUUGACAAACGUGUCCAGUACAUGAUUGAGGUUAUGUUUGCAAUUCGUAAAGAUGGCUUUAAGGAUCAUCCAAUCAUUCCUGAAGGUCUUGAUCUAGUAGAGGAGGAGGAUCAGUUUACUCAUAUGCUUCCAUUGGAAGAUGAUUACAAUCCAGAGGAUAUUCUCAAUGUAUUCAAGAUGGACCCUAGCUUUCUGGAAAAUGAAGAGAAGUACAGAACAAUUAAAAAGGAGAUUCUUGAUGAGGGCAGCAGUGAUUCAGGUUCUGGAGAUGAUGCAGAUGGCAGUGAUGAAGAUGAAGAAGAUGACGACAAUGAAGAAGAAGAACAAGAGAAAAUCACCAUUCACGAUAAGACAGAGGUGAAUCUGGUUGCAUUCCGCCGUACCAUCUAUCUUGCUAUCCAGUCAAGCUUGGAUUUCGAAGAAUGUGCUCACAAACUGAUAAAAAUGGAUUUUCCUGAUAGCCAAACGAAAGAGUUAUGCAAUAUGAUUUUGGACUGCUGUGCGCAGCAAAGAACAUAUGAAAAGUUUUUUGGUCUUCUUGCUGGGCGAUUCUGUUUGCUAAAGAAAGACUAUAUGGAGAGCUUUGAAGCCAUAUUUAAAGAACAGUAUGAAACCAUUCACCGACUGGAAACCAAUAAAUUAAGAAAUGUUGCCAGAAUGUUUGCACAUCUGCUGUAUACAGAUUCUGUCCCAUGGAGUGUCCUGGAGUGUAUAAAGAUGAGUGAAGAAACGACUACGUCAUCAAGUCGAAUCUUUGUCAAAAUUUUAUUCCAAGAGCUCUGUGCAUACAUGGGACUUCCUAAACUCAACGAACGGCUUAAAGAUGUCACUUUGCAGCAGUUCUUUGAUGGGCUGUUUCCCCGCGACAAUCCCAGGAACACAAGAUUUGCCAUUAAUUUCUUCACCUCCAUUGGCUUGGGAGGUCUAACAGAUGAACUUCGAGAGCAUUUGAAAAACGCUCCAAAAAUGAUAAUGACACAGAAACAAGAGGUGGAGUCAUCAGAUACUUCGUCGUCGUCCUCCUCCUCGUCUUCAUCCUCUUCUUCAGGCUCGGACAGUAGUAGCAGUGACAGUGAGAGCAGCACGGACUCCUCCAGUGAAUCAGAGCCCUCGUCCAGCAGUGGAAGCAGUAGCUCAGAUUCAGAUUCAAGGCGCAAAAAAGUGCAAAGCAAGAAGAAAGACAAAGGAUCUGCAAAGUCAACCACAAAGAAAUAUUCCAGUAAGAAGCAAGACCCCAUACGCAGAGACAGCAGCAGUGAGGAACGAGAAAGACCAACUGAAAAAAACAGCAGCAAAACCUCCAGACACAGAGACAGAAGAGAAGAGCCAAAAAGUCCUGACUGGAGUCACAAGGACCAGCACCGCAGGCAAAACAGAGACUGUGAGGACAAAGAGUUUGACUCUCGAAAAGAACGAGAAAACAUGAAAAAUAACUCCCAGUCUGAUUAUGACAGAGACAGAUACAGAAGCAGGGAAGAGGAGCCGCAAAGUCGCUGGAGAGAAAGGUCAAAGUCAAAAGAAAGGAGUCGCAAAGAGACAAACUCCAGAACAGACAGUAGGGACUUCUAUAAAAAUGGAGUUGAAAAGCAAACAGAGAAAUCUGACAAACAGAGCAGACACUCCGAUAGAUACAGGGAUGCUAGGAAACCUGAAGACAGGCAUAAGGAGAGCUCUCCCAGGAGAAAAAGAUAACAUCCACAUUGCAAAUUCAAGUGUACUACACGUUUCUUUUUAAAAUCAUGAUAAAAAUGUAUUAGACUAUUUUUUGCUGUUGAUGCAUCAGUUACUGCAUACUCCCAGGGCUUUUCUUUUCUGGUGAUAUGUAAAUGUUUUAGUAACUGAAAUGUUUAUACAGGAGAUCAAUGCUUUACUUUAGGGUUACUCUGUAAAACUAGAAUUGUUUAGAAAAAUGUAUCAGCAGAGGGAAAAUUAUUUCUUUUAAAAAUUGUUGCAUUUUUUACUUUGUCAUGUCAGUUGGGUUUUUUAAUAUGGUAUUAUUACUUAAAUAUGAACAACCUGUGAAAUAUUUGUAAUUGAAUGCAAUUUUCUAUGAUUUGGCCUAAUGUUUUCUUACUGGUGUUGUCAAAAAUAUAUUAAAAUAAGAAACCUGUGACCCGUU